AUAUGCAUUAUAUGGAGUUAGUAGAGUGCAUUCAUAAGAAUAUGCCUAAUUGCAUUGAUUAUAAAAAUAAAAUCAUUCUUGCUCCAAUGGUUCGUGUUGGUACUUUACCAAUGAGGUUGAUGGCUUUAUCGUAUGGAGCACAUAUUGUUUAUACCGAGGAAAUAAUCGAUUGGAAGUUACUAAAGUCAGAGCGGUAUGUGAAUGAUAUAUUGAAAACAAUUGACUAUGUAGAUAAGACGGACGGAAGUAUAGUUUUUCGUACGUGCAAUGAAGAAGCCGGGAAGGUUGUAUUGCAGUUAGGAACAGCAAGUGCUGACCGAGCUCUACAAGUUGGUAAAAAAAUACAGCAAGAUAUUGCAGCAUUGGAUGUAAAUAUGGGCUGCCCAAAAGAUUUUUCGAUCAAAGGCGGGAUGGGAGUAGCCCUUUUAUACGAUUUAGACAGGGCAAAAAGUAUUUUGAAAACUUUGGUGGAACAUUUAGAUAUUCCCGUAACAUGCAAGAUACGUAUUCUGCCGGAGCUGAAUGAGACCAUUAGAACUGUUAAGGAAUUGGAGUCUACGGGUGUAGCUGCAAUCGCUGUUCAUGGUAGAACAAAGAUAGAGCGACCACGUCACCUGCCACAUCCAGAGAUUAUUAGAGAGAUAGUAAAAGCAGUUAAAAUUCCAAUUAUUGCCAAUGGUGGAUCAAACGAUAUUCAUAAGCGCGCUGACAUAUUAAAAUUUCGAGAUGCUUGCGGAGCAAGCAGUGUAAUGAUUGCCAGGGCUGCUCAGUGGAAUUGCUCUAUUUUUCGCGAAGAAGGAUUACUACCGAUAGAAGAUGUCAUUCACGAGUAUUUGCGUUUAUCAGUGGACUAUGAUAACUCGCCUUCUAACACAAAAUACUGUAUUCAAAUGAUUUUACGAGAUCUUCAAGAAUCAGAGCUAGGAAGGAAAUUUUUGGACAGCCAAACGCUAGAGCAAAUUUGUGACGUGUGGAACUUUGGAUCGUACUGCAGAAAAAAACAGCUAGAGUAUCAUAACGCUGGAAUAAGAGGUAGAAGACAAGCGUGCCCUUGCAUUGAAUCAACGCCGAGCGAUGAUGGUUGUCCAACAAAAAAAGCUAAAACUAUCGACAGCAUGCUUUUGGAUGGCGUAAUAGAACAUAACAUCAGUUUUAUUCGUGUAAAUUAUGGUGACGAUAAAGAUUUACCGAAGAGUAAGCUUUACAACUACACAGCGAAGAAUAAACUUAAAAUUCCAAAUUACAAUGUAAUACAUAAAGACAAGCUAUUCCGAGCAAUAGUUCUCGUGGGCAAUGGCAAGUAUAGUAGUUCUUUCUGGGAGAAGAAUAAAAAGUAUGCUGAACAAUCGGCUGCACUCACCUGUUUACUGCAUUUAGGGAUUGUCAGAAAAGAAGAAUUAAUAAUGAAUGGUUCAAUGAUUAGCUAACUAACAUCGUGUGGAAUAAAGUAAAUUAAAUUUGAUUUAUUUUUAGGAUUAUUGUUUCUAAAUGUUAGAUCUUAGCGGUAAUAAAUGAUCGAAAUGAUUUAUGGACAGCCACACUCUUCAACUAUCAUCUUUGAAAGGUCCUGUUUGAUGACCCGAGAGUCUGGCCCAUAGAAAAUAAGCGACAUUGGCGAAUAUUUGGUUGGAGCACAACAUUGGUGAAUUCCGGUGACCUGGCCCUGCUUUCGAUAUUCAUCCACGACAUAUUGAUAUUCAGCAGAGAAUUUGUCUGGCAACAAACAGCUACCUUUGCAGUAGUUGGCGUAAUA